AUGGUGGAGCAGGCGUUGGGAUUUGGUUUCUCCAAGGCUUGCUAGGUGCCUGUGUGCCCUCACUCUUGCAAGCUUCUUCCCUGCAGGUUUCAGCCAUGUGGCUCUACCUGGCUGCCCUGCUGGGGCUUUACUUCCUUCGCCGAUGGUAUCAGGAGAAAAAGACGGUGGAGAACCUGACGGAGAAAUAUGUCUUCAUCACUGGCUGUUCCUCUGGCUUUGGGAACCACCUUGCCAGGCAUCUGGAUGCCCGGGGUCUGUGGGUGUUGGCAACCUGUACCACCCAGAAGGGGGCAGAGCAGCUGAAGAAGGUCACCUCAGAGCGCUUGAAAACCACCAUUCUGGAUGUCACCAGUACAGAGAGCAUUGCGGCAGCGACGGAGUGGGUGAAAGAACAAGUGGGGAACAAAGGUAGCUUUUUGUUGUGUUGUUUCCAUGCUCUGGAUCAGGCCAGGGAUUAUCUGUAUCAUCAUCUGCUUAUCUUUACUCCACUUUCCCACAAAAUGUGGUCUGAGAUUCAGUUACCAGCAGAUGACUUCUCGAAAGCAGCAAUCAAGCGCACUCUCCCUUCCUGUGCUUUCCAGCAAUCGGUAUUUGGAAGGCUCUGGGGCUUGGUGAACAAUGCGGGAAUAGGUGUCCCAUCAGGUCCCAACGAAUGGCUGACCAAAGAUGACUUUGCAAAGGUGAUCAAUGUCAACCUGCUAGGGUUGAUUGACGUGACGCUACACAUGCUGCCGCUGGUGAGGAGAGCCAGAGGGAGGGUGGUCAAUGUGUGCAGUGUGAAUGGACGCCUGGCCUGCUUCGGAGGCGGUUACUGCCCAUCAAAGUUUGGUGUGGAAGCCUUCUCUGACACCCUGAGAAGAGAGCUCCAUCCUUUUGGAAUCAAAGUCAGCAUUGUUGAACCAGGUAGUUUCAAGACACCCAUACAGUCAAAAUUAGCUGAGUCCUACGAACCUUUAUGGAGCCGGUUACCUUCUGACCUGAAGGAAUGCUAUGGGCGGAAGUACUUUGAGCAAUGUUGCAAAAUAAGCGAAUAUUUCCAAAAGGCUGGCAGCGACAACCUUCACCUGGUCACCGACUGCAUAGAACAUGCCCUGACAUCCUGCUCCCCUCGCACUCGCUACUCUCCAGGCUGGGAUGCAAAGCUCUUCUACCUUCCUGUCUCUUACUUUCCAACGUCCAUCACUGACUUCGUGAAUGACUUGUUAAAAGAAGAUAAAAAGAACCUAGGUUUUGAAGACAAAAAGUCAAAAUUCAACGUAGAGGUUGUAGAAGGGCUCUGGGGCUUGGUGAACAAUGCGGGAAUAGGUGUCCCAUCAGGUCCCAACGAAUGGCUGACCAAAGAUGACUUUGCAAAGGUGAUCAAUGUCAACCUGCUAGGGUUGAUUGACGUGACGCUACACAUGCUGCCGCUGGUGAGGAGAGCCAGAGGGAGGGUGGUCAAUGUGUGCAGUGUGAAUGGACGCCUGGCCUGCUUCGGAGGCGGUUACUGCCCAUCAAAGUUUGGUGUGGAAGCCUUCUCUGACACCCUGAGAAGAGAGCUCCAUCCUUUUGGAAUCAAAGUCAGCAUUGUUGAACCAGGUAGUUUCAAGACACCCAUACAGUCAAAAUUAGCUGAGUCCUACGAACCUUUAUGGAGCCGGUUACCUUCUGACCUGAAGGAAUGCUAUGGGCGGAAGUACUUUGAGCAAUGUUGCAAAAUAAGCGAAUAUUUCCAAAAGGCUGGCAGCGACAACCUUCACCUGGUCACCGACUGCAUAGAACAUGCCCUGACAUCCUGCUCCCCUCGCACUCGCUACUCUCCAGGCUGGGAUGCAAAGCUCUUCUACCUUCCUGUCUCUUACUUUCCAACGUCCAUCACUGACUUCGUGAUGAGCUGCAUUUGGCCUAAACCAGCUCAAGCAAUAUAG